CCAGUGUUUUGUACCUGUGGCUCAUCUAAAACCUGCAGGACAGCGACUGGAGGCCUGGAGUUUGAUGCCCCUGAAGACAUAAAGCCUGUUGCUGUUAAGCAUUUUUGCUUACGUUUCUAAACUCUGUCAACUUUUAUCAUGUUGAUGUCAACUUUAGAGCAACAUGAACUCGUAUAACCCUUAUCAUCCCGGCGUCGCAUGAAACCAGUUCGAUGUGAAAACUGUUUCCAGGGGAACGUUUACUGUGCCACACCGAGGACGCGGUCGGAAAAAUGGAUCCUUGCGCGAACAUGGAAGUAUGACUGAGUAUGUUGAGAAAAUGAACCAAAAAUUUAGCUAUAAAAAAAUCUCUAUUCCCAUACAGGCGUUCUGACCUUUGACCCCCAGAAUAUUCUCAGACUUAAUGACUGGGGCCUUUUUCCCUCCUCAGAUUUUAUUUCAGACAAACAAAAAUAUCAAAUCCCAAGCAGGAGAAAUGAUCCGAGUUGUUCCUCAGACGGACUCAGUGAACCCUUCAGACUGAAACAUGGACGCCGUCUGCUCCCUCCUCUGCUUCGCUAAAAGAUCUGAUUACUUUCUCAGGCGGUGAUGUAUGAUGAAGGCUUCAUUCUUCUGCCCCCUGCUGGUUGUCCUGACAGCUGCGUCCAGCCCUGUGGUUCCACCCUGCAGGUGAACUCGGCCUCCGGUUCGUCACGAUGGCGAAUUAAGACGGAACAGUUAAAUCCUGGCAGCGCUCAUCUGGAAUCAUGCAACUCAGUUUUCUCCAGAAUUUCCAGGGAAGCAUUCCUCUGAGGUUCUGCUCAUCAUCAUGUGAGCAAACACACUUUUCACUUCUUUUAUCCAGAAACCACAGAUGUGCUGCGGCUGCCAGCAUCCAGCCUCUCUGCCCAGAAACUGCUUGUGAUGUUUCCAACUACAACGAAGUGAAAGCAGAAUCAUCUGGGUGCAGGAGGAAACCUGAUCAACGUCUCUGGGAUUUACAUCCAAAACCUCCUGCAGACAGAACCGACUGAUCAGAGGAAGUGAAGCCGCCAUGACGCCUCGCUACGGAGCCGUCCAAUCAGGACGUUUGGAGCCGUUUCUGUCCAGUCUCAUUAACCGCAGGCGGCCCGCUGCAGGAUCCCUGGGGGUUCAGAACGGAGCCUAGGCCCAGAAGCCUGGACCCAGGAGCCUGGACCCGCCCAGAAGCCUGGACCCGCCCAGAAGCCUGGGCCCUGCGCCUCCUUCAUCCUCCUCCUCCUCCUGUGACCCAGUCUCAGUCCUGCAGCUCUGCGCAGGAGGAAAGCAGCUGGUCCUGAUGCAGCAUCACGACUGAAGUGAAACCACCAAGCAUCCAACAUGAAGGGGGCCGUGGUCCUCAUCAUCAUCAUCAUCACCACCACCGCCGGGUUCUGGGCUGUCUCUGCUCAGCCGACACUUGAAAUUAAAAAAGAACUUUCUGAGUGUGAAAACGCCACAUUGGGGGACAUCGUCUUCCUAGUUGACAGCUCCACUAGCAUCGGCGAGGAAAACUUUAGGAUAGUCCGCACCUUUCUCAGAAAUGUCAUCCAGAACCUCGACAUUGGCCCUGAUAAAGUACGGGUCGGCUUGGCGCUGUACGGAGACCGUCCCCAGAAGGAGUUCCUGCUUAAAGACCACAUGGACAAGACGGCCAUGUUGGACGCAGUGGAGCAAAUUGCUUUCCUUCGCGGUGGCACAAAAACGGGCAAGGCCAUGGACUUCAUCCGGGAGGAAUACUUCACACCUGAAGCCGGGAGCAGAGCCAGGAAGCAUGUUCCUCAGAUCGCUGUGCUCUUGACUGAUGGAAACUCCAACGACGAUGUGUCCUUACCUGCCAAGCGUCUCCGGGACCUCAACGUCUUUAUGUUUGUCAUCGGAGUGUCUCAGUACAAUUAUGAUCAGCUGAAGAUCAUCGCUAACCACCCACCAGAAGACUACAUCCUGACCACCGACAGCUUCCAGACUCUGCAGAGUUUAAGAAACACUCUGCUGAAAACCGUGUGCUCCUCCCUGGAGAUCCAGAAAAUAGCAUUGGCCAAUAAAUUUGCAGACAUCUUUCUCCUGAUGGACAGCACCUUAGGGCCGCGACAGUUCAUCUUUUUCAGGAAUGAGCUGAUCAGAUUUAUCGACCAGAUAGACGCUGGACAGUCAAGCUACCGUGUCGGUUUGGCUCAGUAUCGCCAGAAUGUACAGACUGAGUUCUAUCUAAACGCUCAUAAAACUAAACAACAGUACACAAAAGCAUUGAAAAGCAUCCAACAGCUGCCACAAACUGGCCAAGCACCGAACCUGGGAGAUGCUCUCAAGUACGCAGGUCAAAACUUUUUCCUGCCUGAAAAUGGCGGCCGUGCAAACCAAGGAGCUCAACAGUUUUUGGUUGUUGUUCUUGGAGAAAAGCCUAAGGAACUCUUAUAUUUGGCCGGUCAAGAUGUCAGAUCCCAAGGGGUAUCUGUUGUAGGCAUGAGUUCGGCUGUGCUGGUGGGUGACAUGCUAAGCUUUGCGGACAGUGCCUUUAACACUCUGAGGAUCACUCAGCUGAAGGAUUUCUUCACCACCCAGGAAGUGGAAACAGCCAUUGAAGACUGUCAGAGAGUCAACACUGCAGACGUUGUCUUCAUCAUCGAUGAGUCAGGAGGCAUCGGGAACAACAACUUCCAGCUCAUCCGGAGCUUUGUGCAGUCACUUAUCGGCAGCCUGAACGUCAAUCAGACGGGAGUCAGAGUGGGAAUUGUUACCUACAAUGAGGCUCCCAAAGUCCACGCUUAUCUCAACAGCUUCCAGGACCGAACAGAAGCUCAGCAGUUCAUCAAGUUGCUCCCUUACCGCGGCGGUGGCUCCAACACUGGAGCUGCUCUGAGGUUCUCUCUGGAGUCAGUCUUCAAAGGGAGGGGCAAAAGGAAGGAUGUGCAGAAGGUAGCUAUCGUGGUCACAGACAGUAAAUCCCAGGAUAGCGUGAAGGAAGCUGUGGCAGAGCUACAUCGGUUUCCAGUCAGAGUUUUUGCGAUAGGAGUAAAUGAGAAGACACCAGACCUGUACAACAUGGCGUCUUAUCCCAUCAACAAGCAUGUUUUUGCUGUGGACAAUUUCAUGCAACUAAAACCCUUGAGGAAAAUCAUGCAGAAGAGUAUCUGCAGUGCCAUCAUUCAGGGCUCCGUCAACUCCUUUAAAAACAGCGCCGACACCAAGGAAGCAUGCUAUCAGAAGGAUGAAGCAGACAUCAUCUUCCUCAUUGACGACUCAGACAACAUCGAUUCCUCUGACCUCUCUGACACAAAGAAGUUCAUCACUAACUUUCUUGGAGAAUUUCGUGACAGACUCGAUCAUAUUCGCAUCGGGCUUGUGAAAUACUCCAACUUACCUCAGUUGAAGUUUGACCGGAUGGCACUCUCAGGCGUGAGCAAAGCUCUGAAUGACGUUAAUCAUGAGGGGGGUCGGACCAACACAGGGAGAGCGCUCACAUUCAUGGAAAGAUAUUUCAAGACGGUACCCUACAGUCAGGGUUCGACGUAUCUGAUCGUCAUCACUGCAGGAGAGUCCGAAGACAGCGUCACACGUCCAGCAGAGAAAAUAAGGGCGCAAGGCGUCAUGGUCUUUGCUGUUGGAGUAAAGAGGUCAAACAAAGCUCAACUGCAGGAGAUCUCUGGUGAUCCAGACAGGACCUUUAAAGUCAGAGAUUACUAUUUCCUUCAGUGGAUCAAAAACGAUAUUCUAACACCAAUCUGUGGACCUGCAGUUUGUGAGGACGCUCCUAGCGACGUCAUCUUCUUAACCGAGAGCUCAGAGAGAAUCUCUGCAGGAAACUUUAGGAAAAUGAAAGAAUUUAUGAAAUCUGUUGUUACCAAGUCUAUUGUGGGCAUGAAUGACAUGCGUGUGGGUGUCAUGCAAUUCAGCACUAAGACAAAACUAGAGUUUCGUCUGAACCGGUACUUCAGGAAAGAUGAAAUACUGGGAGCCAUCGAUAACAUGGAGCAGCAAAAUGGCGGGGUUGAAACAGGAAAGGCCCUCACCGAAGUUUCACAGUUGUUCAAAGAGACUGAAGGAGGACGUCCUACACUGAGGCAGAACCUGGUGCUGAUCACCUUCAACAAAGCAACCGAUGAAUUCAAAGGUCCAGCAGAGGCUCUGAGGCAAAAAGGAGUGUUAAUCUUUUCAAUCGGAGUGGUGAACAGUAACUACAGCCAGCUGUACGAAAUCAGUAGCUCUUCAGACAAAGUCAUCAAUGAAGCAAAUGUUGAUCUAAUAAGUGAACUGGACGGCAUGUUGGCCUUGAAGUUCUGCGAUCCACACAGAGAUUGUAAGAAGAUUGAAAAGGCUGAUAUAAUAUUCCUGGUGGACGGCUCAGGAAGCAUAGAAAACCGCUUCGGAAGCAUGCAAGUGUUUAUGGAGUCUGUAGUGAGCCGGAGCAUAGUCAGUAGGGACUCUACCCGUUUUGGAGCCAUUCUUUUCUCCAACGAACCUAAAAUCAAGUUUACUCUGGAAACCUACAACUCCAAAGGAGAAAUUCGUAAUGCUAUAAGAGCUCUGGUGCCGCCAAAAGAUGACACAUACACCAGCGAAGCUUUGGACUAUUCAUUGCAGUUCUUUAACGAGGAACACGGUGGCAGGAGACGUUUCCGCGUUCCUCAGAUUCUCAUGGUGAUCACAGAUGGGGCAGCAACAAACCCUGCUAACCUAGGAAAAAAUUCAGAUGCAUUGCGAGCCAAUAACAUUACUGUCUUCAGUAUAGGUGUAGAGAACGCAAACAAGGAUGAGCUGCUGAUCAUGGCGGGAAAUAAUCAAUCCAAUGUCUUCUAUGUGGAUAAAUUUGACCAGCUGGAGACUCUGUACAGACAGAUAUCUGGAGUCGUCUGCAGUAUCACCAAACAUCCUUGUGAACUGAUGGACCUGGUCUUCCUGAUUGAUCGCUCUGGCAGCAUCACCUCCACAAAUCACAAUAUUGUGAAAAACUUCACAGCAGAACUAGUGACCAGGUUGGAAAUCAGUGAUAAACAUACACACGUUGGACUCGGGCAGUUCAGUGCAAAUUUCCUACAUGAGUUUUACCUUAAUAAUUACUACUCUGAAAAGGACAUAGUUGAUCACAUAAACAGCAUAACAUAUUCAGGUGGAGAAACCUACCUCGGCAGAGCCCUGACUUCUAUCAAGGAUUAUUUCAGCCCGUUGCGAGGCAGCCGCAUCCAGAGAAAAGUGCCCCAGACUCUGGUGGUGCUUUCGGAUGGUAAUUCUUACGACAAUGUGGAAAAUCCAGCCAAUGAGCUCAGAGCACUUGGCAUUGAUAUAUUUGCUGUAGCAAUUGGAGAUGUUUAUCGAACGCAGCUCCUUCAGAUCACUGGUGAUCCACGAAAAAUUGUCGCUGUUGGUGACAUAAACAACCUGCCAAACUUCAAGACCAAGGUGGUUGAUGCCAUCUGCAAGGAGAAGCCUGUUCCCACUAUUGUUCCCUCUCCUCUUCCUGUUAUUUCUACUGUUUCUCCUUUUCCUCCCCCUGCUUGUGAACUGAUGGACCUGGUCUUCCUGAUUGAUCACUCUGGCAGCAUCACCUCCACAAAUCACAAUAUUGUGAAAACCUUCACAGCAGAACUAGUGACCAAGUGGGAAAUCAGUGAUAAACGUACACACGUUGGACUCGGGCAGUUCAGUGCAAAUUUCCUACAUGAGUUUUACCUUAAUAAUUACUACUCUGAAAAGGACAUAGUUGAUCACAUAAACAGCAUAACACAUUCAGGUGGAGAAACCUACCUCGGCAGAGCCCUGACUUCUAUCAAGGAUUAUUUCAGCCCGUUGCGAGGCAGCCGCAUCCAGAGAAAAGUGCCCCAGACUCUGGUGGUGCUUUCGGAUGGUAAUUCUUACGACAAUGUGGAAAAUCCAGCCAAUGAACUCAGAGCACUUGGCAUUGAUAUAUUUGCUGUAGCAAUUGGAGAUGUUUAUCGAACGCAGCUCCUUCAGAUCACUGGUGAUCCACGAAAAAUUAUCACUGUUGGUGACAUAAACAACCUGCCAAACUUCAAGACCAAGGUGGUUGAUGCCAUCUGCAAGGAGAAGCCUGUUCCCACUAUUGUUCCCUCUCCUCCUCCUGUUAUUUCUACUGUUUCUCCUUUUCCUCCCCCUGCUGAAAAUUGCACCAUCGACAUCGCCGUAGGGUUUGAUAUUUCUGCAGGUUCCAUCAAUGUGCCCCUUUUCAGACUGGUUACGCCCCUCCAGGAAAUCGUCCAUCGCGUUGCUACGGUGAACGACCUGUGUUGCUCGGCUUCUGUCCCGACCCGGAUCUCCUUCAGCAUCGUAGGUGUCGAUGGCCGCUCCUUGUUCGACACAAACUUUGAGGCUUUCAAGGAGGAUGUUCUGAGGAACGUCAUGGACUUUCCAUGGUCCCGGGCCACUUCACUCAACCGUGCCAUGCUCAAAUAUUUCAGGGCCAAGUUUCAGUCCAAGUCCAGAGCAAAGGUCAAGGUGCUGCUGAUUUUCUCUGAUGGACUUAAUGAAGACGUGGCGAUACUGAAGCAGGAAUCUGAGCAGCUAAGAGCCUCUGGAGUCAGCGCCCUGUUCGCCGUGGCCUUGAAGGAUGCGGCUGCCGCACAGCUCCAGAUGGUCGAGUUUGGACGGGGAUACUACUACCAGGCUCCUCUGAGAAUCAGAGACCUGAGCAUCAGUAGCACCAUCCUGCAACAGAUGAGCUCUGUAGCGGAUCGGGUUUGCUGCAACGUUUCGUGUAAAUGUUCGGGACCUCCGGGCCCUCGUGGUCCUCCUGGGCAACCUGGAACAAAGGGCUCGCCUGGUCUGAAGGGCCACGGCGGCUAUCCUGGAGACGAAGGCUAUCAUGGCGGGCGAGGGCCUCCGGGUCUGACGGGGACUCAGGGGACCCAGGGAUGUCCGGGAACCAGAGGACCGAAGGGAUCUCACGGCUUCUCUGGAGACAGGGGUGAAGAUGGAGAAGAUGGACUGAAUGGAGUGGAUGGAGAACAGGGAAAGGAGGGAGGGGAUGGGAUGAAAGGACAGAAAGGAGAUCCUGGAAGCCAGGGAAUCCCAGGGAUCAGAGGCGAGGAAGGACUGAAAGGAGACCGAGGCCUGAGAGGAGAUCCGGGCGAGCCGGGGCGCAACAACAGGGCAUCAGGACCCAAAGGAGAACCUGGCAACCAGGGGGACCCGGGAACGCCUGGACGGCAGGGACGUCCCGGGACGGACGGAGAGGACGGGAACCCAGGUCGGGACGGGAGGCGAGGCGCCAGCGGCUCCACGGGCGCACCUGGAGACAAAGGGAGACGAGGAUCACCAGGUGUGCCUGGAGCUUCAGGUCCAAAGGGACCCAGAGGGGACAGAGGCCCGCAGGGACCCAAAGGGACGCCGGGGUUUCCUGGACGGCAGGGUGACCCGGGACGCGCUGGAGGACCGGGAGACGGCGGACGACUUGGUGCCAAUGGACAGAAGGGCCAGCCGGGAGAGCCGGGCCCCCAGGGGGCAGUGGGGCCGCGGGGGCCCCUGGGGCCACCGGGUGAGGAAGGGCGAGACGGCGCAGGACCCCCAGGAGCCGCAGGGGCAAAGGGGUCUGAUGGUUUCCCUGGUUACCCCGGUCCGUCGGGUCCGAAGGGAGAGAAAGGAACCAAAGGAUUUCCGGGUGGGAGAGGGAGCCGAGGUCGCGAGGGAAACUCGGGCAGAACCGGAGAGCUCGGCGAGCCCGGAGAGCCCGGAUUCCCCGGACGCAGAGGACGGCCAGGUGUUCCUGGAAACGCAGAACAAACUGAGUGCGAGUUGAUCACCUACAUCAGGGACCAGUGUGCUUGUUGCCACGAUCCGCCCCGCUGCCCCGCCGUCCCCACUGAGCUGGUCUUCGCCCUGGACAUGUCUGAGGACGUGACGGCGGCGGACUUCGAGGACCAGCGGCGGGCCGUCCUCUCCCUGCUGCAGGACGUCAACAUGGCGGAGAGCAACUGUCCGGCCGGCGCGCGGGUGUCGGUGGUGGCGUUCAGCCGGCACAGCCGCUACCUGAUCCGCCUGCAGGAGCGCCGCAGCAGGACGCGGCUGCUGGAGGCGGUGCAGAACCUGGCCCGGGAGCGCACUGCCGAGCGCCGCCACCUCGGCGCCGCCAUGCGGUUCGUGGGCCGGAACGUCUUCAAGCGGGUCCGGCCCGGGAAGACGACCCGGAAGGUGGCCGUGUUCUUCGCCGGCGGCCAGACGCAGGACCCCGACGACGUUCUGACCGCCGUGAUGGAGCUCCGGGCGCAGAACGUCGCUUCCGCCGUCAUCGCUCUGAGGAACGUGCCCAGGAUCAGCCGGGCCCUGGAGGCUGACGACUCGGGAAACUCUGUGUUCGCUCUGCUGAGGAGACAGCAGGACCUGGACCGGAUCAGGACGUGUGUCCUCUGCUCCGACCCCUGCAGACGCUCCUCAGAAUGCUCCUUCAUCCUGGACCCGCCGGCCCCCCUGCAGGCCGAACUGGACCUGGCUCUGGUUCUGGACGGCUCCAGGGAGGUCCAGGCGGACCAGUACGCCGGCGCUCAGCUGCUGCUGGCCUCUGUGGUGGAGCAGCUGGCCGUCAGCGCUCAGCCCCGCCGGCCCGGCGCCCAGGCCCGGGUGGCGGUGCUGCAGGGCGACAGGCUGGAGUUCGGCCCGCACACCUACCAGAACCGGGACGGGAUGAAGACCCACCUGCAGACGGCGCGGCAGCGGAGCGGCUCCUCGGCGCUGGACCUGACGCUGGACUUGGCCCUGAAGGAGGCGCUGCCGCCGCAGGCCGGCCAGCCGCGCAGGAAGAGGGCGCUGCUGGCCGUGGUGGCGGCUCGGACGGCCCGGCGGGACGGCGCCGCGCUGCGCCGCGCCGCCCUCAGGGCCCACUGCGACGGCGUGGCCGUGUUCGUGGUGGCGGUGGGCGGACGCUACGACCGAACGCAGGUGGAGGAGCUGGCCGGCCUCCCGGUCCGGCAGCACCUGGUCCAUGUCGGCCGGCUGCAGGCCGAGGAGCGCGGCUACGUCCUGCGCUUCUUCAGGGUCUUCCUGUCCGCCCUCAACAGAGGUUUGAACGUUUAUCCUCCUCCGUCUCUCAGAGAGACCUGCAGCCAGCGGACCGAGGCAGACGACCUGCUGACCGGAGAGACGGCGUCGGCUGAUGACCCCCAGGCUGGAAGGUCAAGUCAGCAGGAAGAGGUCAUCCCUGCUGCGUGGAGAGAUCAAAGUUCAGCCUCAAGAUCAGCAGACGUCUGUCUCCUUGCUAAGAACAGCGGCGGCUGCAGGAAGCCGUCCGUUCUCUGGUACCACGACGCCCGGACCGGCCGCUGCGCCCUCUUCUUGUACAACGGUUGCGGCGGCAACCAGAACCGCUUCCGGACCCGCGAGCGGUGCGAGGAAAUGUGCGUGACGAAGAGCUAAGGUUCCGGUCGGGUUCCGGUCAGGUUGUGAUCGGGUUCUGGUUGGGUGUUAUCACCAGACCAGAACCACAAGAAGGCGGUUCUGUUUUCACUGCAGCUCCAAACAUUACAGAUUCCAUCCUGUGUAAUUUAGAUAUAAAAUACUUUAACUAUACCUAAAGUCCACGUUUUAAUGUCUAGAAAAUUUGACCCAAAGAAUUUUUGUUUCUGUUUUCUGGAAUAAUUAUUUUAGCAAUCGAUCAAUUUUUCCUCUUUUUUUUUCUUGUGUUUAAAAUUCUGCAGAUUUUCCAUUCAGCUAAACGAUUUUAGCAUUAAAAGAUUAAAUAAGGAACUCGAUUCGUUUUUGAGAAAGAAAAUAAACGUAGCUGUGAAUUUGAGUUGGGUGAAUUUUAAAAAAUGCCAGUAUUGAGUAAAACAUCUUGACAAAGUUGUUUUUAUCUUAAAUUUUUAAUGUUUUUAUGUAUUUUGUACGGUUUGUUGGUUUUUUUCAUCAAAUUGCCUCUUUAGAGUCUGUUUGCUCCAGUUAACAAUAAAUCGAUUACUGAAUUGGUAAUAAUCGAUUCAUCGUUUCAGCCAGAGUUGAUUGUUGGACUGUUCAGUUUGUGUUGAUCAUAGUUUGGUUUUAAAAGAUGUUUCUUCCGUAUUUCUGAAACAGGAAAUCGAUCUGUUUCAGUUUUUUGUAUCUGAAGCACAUAACGUCCCAAAAGUUUUCAUACCUCUUGAACUUUCCUCCGUUUUGUUUUGAAGCAACCAGAUUCAGCAGGUUUUACAUGAUAACCAACACAACGUAAUGCUAACUGUGAAAUAAUAAAAAAUAAGAACAAAACUCAA